AUGUUUUCACCUAUCGUUAAGGGUAACAACUUUGAACCAGAAUUUUUGAGAAUCCUCCGUCACGUGGGCCUGGUGCCAUAUCAUAUAAGUCUUGCACCUGGUGACGGUGAGGGCAUAAACGAACGUCCAGGAAGGAUUCCGGUCAUAAUUAUCAAGAAUUACGAAGAAUUAACCGGUAGGUAUUUAAAUGUGGGUAUAAUGCUUCGAUGA